CACCGUGUGUUGGGGGCGUGUCCUUUGUUGUAGAGAAGCUAAAAAGUGCUAUAACUUUGGUGUGUAAUUUUCGUACCGCUGCUGGUGUUCUUCUUGUGGUUAACAGUGCCAUGGCUCUGCGAAAGUGCGCUACUCUCAUGGACUACCAGGAGACCUUUGAAAAGCUUGUAUUAAAUUCAAUCAGCAAGCUGACUGGGAUCUGGGAUGGUUCUGUACGCUUUACGGUAGAGUCUGAGAAUUUGAUUGCUUUGAAGAAGUUAUGGGAGAUGUACAAAGAUGGAACACUGCAGAGUCGUCUUCAAGAAUUCCUAGUCACUGAUGAAAUUAAGCAGCUUGCGAACGGAGAAGACAUUGAAGUGACAGUAUUCAUUGAUGAACACGAGUAUAACGAAGCCUAUUUCAAUUUGUUUUUGCUUCAUCAAGCGCCAAAUGUUGAACAGGAAGAACGGCCUGGACGAAGAACCCGAAGGAAUUCGGACUCAUUUCUUUGCGUCAAACCCAACGAGAAUGAGAUAGGCUUGAUGAAGCUAAUGGAGGAAACAGAAGACAAAUGGAGGGAAGAGAAAAAAAUGCUUGAAUUAAGGAUCGCAGAGCUUGAGGAAACUCUGAAGGCGGAAAGGACGAGAGAUCUGGAUCAAUAUGAGAUUCUCGAACAUCCAAGAAAAAGACAUCGAAGAAACUCUGAUUCCAAUCUGUAUUGCAAAGCAAGGAAAGUGGAGGCUGAACAAACUGAAAGCCAACUAGAGCGAGCUUUAGAGGGUGGAGUACAAUUGGAUAUCGAGAAGCGUAUGUUCGUAGAGAAUUAUUUACAGAAUAUCCAUGAAACACACAGCAUGACGACAGAGACAAGUGACAGCGGAAUAAGAACGCAUGGUGCAACAUCUGAGAUAGAAAUGCAAGACAUAUCUGGCGACGACCACAAACUUUGCUGGAAAGAUCUCAGCAGCGAAGUAAUCAGAAAACUGGAGAAAAGACUGAAAAACGAUCAAACUGCUUUUAAACAAGUAUGUCAGUCAUUUGGAAUUAAUGGAAUACCGAUAUUCUCUGGGGAAAGUACAGUUGGUGGAAUUCUCAGUAUGUUUCCGUAUACACCUGUUAAGCCAUUAGAAGAAGUCUUUGAAGCUUUACAGUUACAUGACCUGAUUGAUUUGCUUGAAGAAGGAAAACCACGAGCCACAAGAUCGCUGCGACCUGCUCUUCGUUUACAGGAAAUAGAGAAAUUAAGGAAUCCUGAUGAUCGUCCCAUAUCUUAUCACAGCAGUGUUGCUGUUCUGAUUAUUGACAUUGCGGAGACUUGCGACACCAAGGGGAUUAAAAAGUUUUUCAAAGCUCUUAACACUAAGAGCAAGGUAACUGUGAUGCGCAGCAGAGACAUUAUUGAAAUAGUUAGAAGUUUCCCGGUAUCGCUGGAGAAGUUGGAGGGGAUCAAGAGAGAGAUGAACAAAUUGAGUCCGACCUCUUCAGAAGUCAUACAGAGUUGGAUAUCCAAUCAAGAUAAAUAUUCGUUAGUUGCUGUAUUUUUCAUCUUCGAUGAUGCCCAUCCUUGGCUCUCCAUAGAACAAAAUUCAUUUGUUAAAUCUGUAAAGGAGAGGUUGGUCACCGCAUUCCCCACAAAAGUGAAAUUGAUCAUCCAUUCGUCGCCCUAUCAGCUGCAUUCAUGGCAGGACAAAGAGCUUGUUGAGGUGCCUGUUUCUCCUGGUGCUACUUUUCUACCUUUGAUGCUGGAGAUUUUUAACAAACGCUGGAAAACGAUGGACCUGAUAUCAAUGAUGAGAGAGUUAGAGAGGUCUUUGCCAGAAAAGUAUAUUGAGAGAGACAGUCUUUUUCGAGGAGACUUUCAAGGGUCAAUUAUGAAGGAGACUUUGUCGUGUCUUGUAAGGUUCAUAAUGCAUGAAGAGCCGAGUAAUUAG